GACGUACGUCUUGUCACCUGACUUCCGGUCGGGAAGAGGCGAGGAAAAGUUGUGACUCCCCCACGCACCCAACCCCUCUGUCUCCAGCACGGACGUAGAAGUUGUUUCGAGGUCCGAGGACGAGGAAACGGAAUCUAAUAGCCCGCGCUCGCUGGGAAUAUCGCUCUUUUCGACACGGGAAAGUCCCUUCGUGUCCGUCGGAGUGACGCAAGGGAGCGGACUCGCCGCCGCUCGAAACUGCUCGGGAACCAACGCCGCGACGACGACGACGACGGCGAGGAGAACGAGAACCACGACCACUACUUUGGAUAGCUAAGGGCCGGCCGGCGGGACGUUGCUCGGAAAGAGUUGGCUUGCCCGUGUGUCUCUUGUGGGAUCUCUCUUGAAGUUUUGAGCGUUUUGCUUGGAGUUUACGGAAUGCGCAGUGGUGGUCAGUCAGUCCCGAACCACUGGGCCGGGCCGGCUCGACUCAAUGCUCCCUUUCCUGCUAUUCUUCUCCGCACUCCUCUGCGCUUCCUGCUUGUGCUGGCCCACUCUACUUAAUGGCUAAAAAUACUUAAAAACAGAGCUGAGGGUCCGGUGGGGAAGCCCGGAUGAGCCUUUGUCAGCUUCUCGUCGUUGGAAUGCUUCUUCAGUCGCAGCGUUUGACUUGGCUGCAAAGGCAGUUGUUCAAAUCCAGCCCGAAAGCCUUAAAGGAACUUUGCCAGCUUCUUGUCUUUCGCCGCCAAUGGCGCUUUUGGACUCUAGCGAAUGGCUAAAAAGUCUGGACAACAGAGUCCGGUCAGGAAGCCUCCCUCGCUGACCCUUAGUCAGCACCUGGACUAUUUUGGCCUGGUGAAAUUGUUUUGUGCGUGUCACGGCACGGCGUUAAACUCCAAUCCAUUUGACCCGCAAGUCAAGAAGAAAAGCUGGACAGGCGCUUUUCGUCUCUGCGAGGUUUGGAUGGCGGCGGCGAGUCGCUCGGUGCCCUCCGCGAUGCUCUCGUGACGUUUGAUUGAGCUCGAACCACCUGUUGACAAAGCGCACGGCGCAUGACUCCAGAGCAAAGUUGGCAAGGACCCGAAUUCCCACCGCUCCGACCUGCCGGUCACCCCGACCGAAGAUGCCACCCGCCUUUUUUCCCCCUCCAGUGGAAUCAGCCCCGCCGCCGUUCCUUCCUUGCGAACGUUCCACUCAUCCCCGAUGACCCAGCGGGACGGAAGGGCAAGAGAGGAGCGAGGCGCCGUCCGCUACGCCUUUGGACGUGAUUUUCAAAGCCUCGGCCGGGGUGCCGUCGGGUCAAAGCGAGCGUCGGAGGCUCCAUGGAGCCGCUGAAGAACAUAUUCAGCCGAGGCCCGCUGUCCGCCUGGAAGAACUCUGAGCAAUCGCAGAAAGGCAACUUCAGCAACCCCGUGUGGACGGCCUUGUUUGACUACGAGGCGGCCUGCAAAGACGAGCUCACCCUACGGAAGGGCGACCUGGUGGAGGUCCUCUCCUUGGACGCUGAGAUCUCCGGCGAUGAGGGUUGGUGGGCGGGCAAGGUCAACAACAAGGUGGGCAUCUUCCCCUCCAACUAUGGCUCCUUCAAGCCCGGGGCAUACGGGAAGCUCCCGGGCGGCGGCGCCACCGCCGUGGCGGCGGCGGCGGCGGCGGGUGAGCUGGGCCCCGCCGUGGCGGCGGGCGCCUCGGAACCCGCCGUGGUGAAUUUCCGCGAACUCAGCCUCCAGGAGGUGAUCGGGGUGGGCGGCUUUGGCAAGGUGUACCGCGGCACGUGGCGGGGCGCGCUGGUGGCGGUGAAGGCGGCGCGCCAGGACCCCGACGAGGACAUUAGCGUGACGGCGCAGAACGUCCGGCAGGAGGCCCGACUCUUCGCCAUGCUCACCCACCCCAACAUCAUCGCCCUCAAAGGCGUUUGUCUGCAGGAGCCCAACCUCUGCCUCAUUAUGGAGUACGCCUCGGGCGGGCCCCUGAGCCGGGCUCUGGCCGGCCGCCGCAUCCCGCCUCACGUCCUGGUGGACUGGGCCGUGCAGAUCGCCCGCGGGAUGCUCUACCUCCACAGCCAGGCCAUCGUCCCCGUCAUCCACCGGGACCUCAAGUCCAACAACAUCCUUCUGGCUCAGCCCAUCGAGAACGAACGCAUGGAGGCGCUGACGCUCAAGAUCACCGACUUUGGCCUUGCCAGGGAGUGGCACAAGACCACCAAGAUGAGCACGGCGGGCACCUACGCCUGGAUGGCCCCCGAGGUCAUCAAGUCCUCCACCUUCUCCAAGGGCAGCGACGUCUGGAGUUACGGCGUCCUGCUGUGGGAGCUGCUGACGGGAGAGGCGCCCUACAAAGGCAUCGACGGGCUGGCGGUGGCGUACGGCGUGGCCGUCAACAAGCUGACGCUGCCCAUCCCUUCCACCUGCCCCCAACCCUUCGCUCAGCUCAUGGCAGAAUGCUGGGACCAGGACCCCCACCGCAGGCCCAACUUUGGCUCCAUCCUGGCUCAGCUGACGGCGCUGGAGCAGCAGGUGAAGGAGGAGAUGCCGCAGGACUCCUUCCACUCUCUGCAAGAGGACUGGAAGCUGGAGAUCCAGGACAUGUUUGACGAGCUGCGCGCCAAGGAAAAGGAGCUGCGCUGUCGCGAGGAGGAGCUGAAGCGGGCGGCGCUGGAGCAGAAGUCCCACGAGGAGUUCCUGCGCCAGCGCGAGCAGCAGCUGGCCCAGUGGGAACAGGACGUGUUUGAGCGCGAGCUCAGCCUCCUCAUCCUGCACCUCAACCAGAACCAGAACCAGGAGAAGCCCAACGUCAAGAAGCGCAAGGGCACCUUCAAGAAGCACAAGCUCAAGAGCAAGAACGGCGAAAAGAUCAGCAUGCCCCAAGAUUUCAUCCACAAGAUCACGGUGCAGGCAUCCCCCGGCCUGGAGAAGAGACGCAACUCGCCCGAUUUGGGCUCGGCCUCCUCGCCCUCCUUCGGCCCGCGUUUCCGCGCCAUCCAGCUCAGUCCCGGCGAUAGCGGUGGCGGCAGCAGCGGAGGCAGGGCAUUUGGUCUGAGCCCGGCGUGGCCCCCGGAGGUCCCGUUGGCCCCUAAGCAGGCCAACGGAGAGCUCAAGUCCCAGAGCCCCAAAAGUCCCAAGAGCCCCAAAGUCCUGCGCCUGAGCCCUCAGGAGAGCAGUUUGUCCAUGAGAGCCAAGCUGCUGGUGUCCCAGCGCGACCACAAUGGCGAAGACGCAGACGACUUUGAGGAGUACACAGCCUCGGCGGCGGCGGCGGCACCGAGCCCGCCUCACGACGGCUCCUGGCUGAAGCCCGACACCUGGCGGCUUCAGCAAGGCGAUUCGGGCGGCGAAGAAGGAGGCUCUUCUCUCAAGAGCGGCCGCCGCGCUCUGCUGGCCAGCGGCGCUCUCCUGGCUUCUGUGGGCUUAGGUCGAUGCCUGGACGUCUCCCCGAAAGUGCCUCCUCGAACUCAGCCCCCAUCCCUGGAGGAGUGCACCGCCAAGCCGCCCCGCUUCGUGGACGACCUCAUCACUUUCGCCGCCGAGCCCGUUUCCCGGCCGCUUUUGGAUCCAGCCGAGCCCCCGGGGGAACCCGAGCCCCCGGGAGAACCCGAGCCCGGCUUCCUCGACAUCGCUUCGGACCGUGCGGGCGACAGGAGGAGGAGGAGGUCCAGUCCGGGCCUGCGAAGCUCCCAGCUCGUUCUGGACUUGCCCCUGUGCCGAGACACGCCGGACGCCGAAGAACAGCCGGCCGCCGCUGCGGCCGGCUCACUGGGCCUGGACGCUGCCCUUUGGAGCCCCAAAUCCUGCUGCCGCCUGGAGGUCAGUGUCAUCCCCCGCCCUCGCCCCUCCCCCAUCCGGCCCCGCAUCGACGCGUGGAGCUUCGUCUCGGCGGGCGCCGGCCGUAACUGGAGCCGCCCGGACGGCGUCCCGGCGGGGUUCCGCCCCUCCCCGACUAACCCCUUCGGCAACUGCGACCCCUUCCCUUCGCCCGCCUGCGAUCCCUUCGCUCUCAGGGCCGACCCGCCGGGAGCCUGGGACAAAGCGUCGCCCUUUGACCCCUUCCCGCCGGGCGCCUGGGACAAAGCGUCGCCCUUUGACCCCUUCUCGCCGCCGCCGCCUUUCCCCACCUCGCGUUCGGCGCCGUGCUCCGCCAGCGGCUCGCCCACGCUGCCGUCGUUCCGCGCGGCGCCGCUCGACCCGCCCGACUCGUCGCUCAUCGACUUGGGCUGGGCGACGUGCGGGGGGAAGACCCCAGACGCAACCAAAGAGAGAGUCCGCCCCCGAAGGACUCUGGGGCUAAAACCCUUCAAGUCGCCGACGCAACUCCGAGACGACCGCUUCUGAAGUCCACCCGGUUUGUCCGAGAGUCACGCCCCCCUGAAAGUCCAGGUCUCGUUUUGAUGUUAGCGUAUUGCGAGAUUUCCUUUUUUGUUUUUGACCCCUUUGAACUUCAGGAGGGCCUCUCAACUUUAUCUGGCGCUCUGGACCAAAAGCAUUCGGAGGCCCGCUUAGAAGAAUUAAACCCUGUUCUUUGCAGCCCAAUUAGACGGUUCUGAGUCAUGUUUUGUUUGCGGAAUAUGAAAUCUUAAACAGGCCACUUGACUGAAAAUGACAUUUGUCCCGAUUGGUCCCGGCUGAAGCUGAACUGCCAAGGGUCUUGACCCGAGACCCGGCCGGCAAAUAUCAUUUUCAGCCACUGGUGAGUGGUGAAAUGCCUCCUCCCUCCCCAUCCACAUGGAUUGAAAACGGGUCCACUUAGCUGCUUGAC